AUGGAGCUCGAAAACAUCGUAGCGAACACGGUGCUACUCAAGGCCCGGGAAGGUGGUGGCGGGAAUCGCAAAGGCAAAAGCAAGAAAUGGCGACAGAUGCUGCAGUUCCCCCACAUCAGCCAGUGCGAAGAGCUGCGGCACAGCCUCGAGCGUGACUACCACAGCCUUUGCGAGCGGCAGCCCAUUGGGCGCCUGCUGUUCCGAGAGUUCUGCACCACGAGGCCUGAGCUGACCCGCUGCAUUGCCUUCCUGGAUGAGGUGGCUGAGUAUGAAGUGACUCCUGAUGAGAAGAGGAAGGCAUGUGGGCAGAGGCUAAUGCAGAAUUUUCUGAGCCACACGGGUCCUGACCUCAUUCCUGAGGUCCCCCAGCAACUGGUGACUAACUGUGCCCAGCAGCUGGAGAAGGGGCCCUGCAAAGACCUCUUCCAGAAACUAACACGGCUGACCCAUGAGUACCUGAGUGUGGCCCCUUUUGCCGACUACCUCGACAGCAUCUACUUCAACCGUUUCCUGCAGUGGAAGUGGCUGGAAAGGCAGCCAGUGACCAAAAACACCUUCCGGCAGUACCGCGUCCUGGGCAAAGGCGGCUUUGGGGAGGUGUGUGCCUGCCAGGUACGGGCAACAGGCAAGAUGUACGCCUGCAAGAAGCUGGAGAAGAAGCGCAUCAAGAAGCGGAAAGGGGAGGCCAUGGCACUCAAUGAGAAGCAGAUCCUGGAGAAAGUGAACAGUAGGUUUGUAGUGAGCUUGGCCUAUGCCUAUGAGACCAAGGACGCGCUGUGCCUGGUGCUGACACUGAUGAACGGAGGUGACCUCAAGUUCCACAUCUACCACAUGGGCCAGGCUGGCUUCCCAGAGGCACGGGCCGUCUUCUACGCUGCCGAGAUCUGCUGUGGCCUGGAGGACCUGCAUCGGGAGCGCAUUGUGUACAGGGACCUGAAGCCAGAGAACAUCCUACUGGAUGACCAUGGUCACAUCCGGAUCUCCGACCUGGGACUGGCUGUGCACGUGCCCGAGGGCCAGACCAUCAAAGGCCGUGUGGGCACCGUGGGCUACAUGGCUCCAGAGGUGGUGAAGAACGAACGGUACACGUUCAGCCCAGACUGGUGGGCGCUAGGCUGCCUUCUGUACGAGAUGAUUGCAGGCCAGUCGCCCUUCCAGCAGAGGAAAAAGAAGAUCAAGCGGGAGGAGGUGGAGCGGCUGGUGAAGGAGGUGGCUGAAGAGUACUCGGAACAGUUUUCCCUGCAGGCCCGCUCACUCUGCUCCCAGCUCCUCUGCAAGGACCCUGCCGAGCGUCUGGGGUGUCGUGGAGGUGGUGCCUGUGAGGUGAAGGAGCACCCCAUCUUCAAGAAACUGAACUUCAAGCGUCUGGGAGCGGGCAUCCUGGAGCCACCCUUCAAGCCUGAUCCCCAGGCCAUCUAUUGCAAGGAUGUGCUGGACAUCGAACAGUUCUCCACGGUAAAGGGUGUGGAGCUGGAACCCGCGGACCAGGACUUCUACCAGAAGUUUGCCACGGGCAGCGUGUCUAUCCCCUGGCAGAAUGAGAUGGUGGAGACCGAGUGCUUCCAGGAGCUGAAUGUCUUCGGGCUGGAUGGCUCCGUUCCCCCAGACCUGGACUGGAAGGGCCAGCCCCCGGCACCCCCCAAGAAGGGACUGCUGCAGAGACUCUUCAGUCGCCAGGAUUGCUGUGGGAACUGCAGCGACAGCGAAGAAGAGCUCCCCACCCGCCUCUAG